GUCUGGUACAGUCAUCCCAAGCCUCUUCGGUGGGACUGUGAUGGCCGGAGAGAUGACGAUCUUAGGAUCAGCUGUUUUGACUCUCCUGUUGGCUGGCUAUUUGGCACAACAGUAUUUGCCCUUGCCUACUCCUAAGGUGAUUGGCAUUGAUCUUGGUACAACCUACUGUUCUGUGGGAGUGUUUUUUCCUGGCACAGGAAAAGUGAAGGUCAUUCCAGAUGAAAAUGGGCAUAUCAGCAUACCCAGCAUGGUAUCCUUUACUGACAACGAUGUAUAUGUGGGGUAUGAAAGCUUAGAGCUGGCAGAUUCAAAUCCUCAGAACACAAUAUAUGAUGCCAAAAGAUUCAUUGGCAAGAUUUUUACCCCAGAAGAGCUGGAGGCUGAAAUUGGCAGAUACCCAUUUAAGGUUUUAAACAAAAAUGGAAUGGUUGAGUUUUCUGUGACAAGUAAUGAGACCAUCACCGUCUCCCCAGAGUAUGUUGGCUCUCGACUGUUGUUGAAGUUAAAGCAAAUGGCAGAGGAAUAUCUUGGCAUGGCAGUUGCCAAUGCUGUCAUUUCUGUACCAGCAGAAUUUGAUCUAAAACAGAGAAAUUCAACAAUUGAAGCCGCUAACCUUGCAGGACUGAAGAUCUUGAGAGUAAUAAAUGAACCCACAGCGGCUGCUAUGGCCUAUGGUCUCCACAAAGUUGACGUCUUUCAUGUCUUGGUCAUAGAUUUGGGCGGAGGAACUCUAGAUGUGUCAUUACUGAAUAAACAAGGAGGAAUGUUUCUAACCCGAGCAAUGUCUGGAAACAAUAAACUUGGAGGACAGGACUUCAAUCAGAGAUUGCUUCAGUACUUAUAUACACAGAUCUAUCAAACGUAUGGCUUCCUCCCCUCUAGGAAAGAGGAGAUCCACAGAUUAAGACAAGCUGUGGAAAUGGUCAAAUUAAACCUGACUCUUCAUCACUCGGCACAGAUGUCAGUAUUACUCACGGUGGAGGAAAAGAACAGGAAGGAACCUCAAAGUAGUGACAAUGAACUGCCAAAAGACACACUUUCUGCAGCAGAUGGUCACCAUGUGAACAGUGUGUUUGGAGCUGACCUUUCUGAAAAGAAGAGUGGAGAAAAUCAGGUUUUAUUUGAAACAGAAAUAUCACGGAAGCUCUUUGACACCCUUAAUGAAGACCUGUUCCAGAAAAUACUAGUGCCCAUUCAACAAGUAUUAAAAGAAGGCCACCUGGAAAAGACUGACAUUGAUGAGGUGGUUUUGGUUGGGGGCUCUACUCGUAUUCCUCGAAUCCGCCAAGUCAUUCAAGAGUUCUUUGGAAAGGAUCCCAACACAUCUGUAGACCCUGACCUAGCAGUGGUGACAGGAGUGGCUAUCCAAGCAGGAAUUGAUGGAGGCUCUUGGCCUCUCCAAGUCAGUGCUUUAGAAAUUCCCAAUAAGCAUUUACAGAAAACCAACUUCAACUAAAUUAUGGAGGUUAGUUAUCAUUUGUGAUCAUAUUUGAUGACCUCUUCCCUUUUAUCAGAUCACUUCUUCCAGAAGAGAAAGUCUCUGUCUAAAAUAAUCUUAAAAAUUUACAUAGAAGGCAACGUUUAGAUAUCAUGAAAAUUUUUCUUAUUUUGUUUAGGAUCGGAUGUGACCAGAUUAAUCCUUAUUUGAUUUUGGAGAGGUCCCAUUCUAACAAGCACUUUCUAAAAUGAUAGAUAAAAUUGAUGUAGAACUGUCUUACAGGAGCAUGGAUGGCUAUAUUUUCUGGAUUCUGGAAGUAGAUAACCAUAAAAACUUAAAAUUAUAUUCUGUAAAAUUAAAUAGUGCCAAUUAUAAGAUUCUCAGUUCUUACUAAAUUGUAUUAGCAAGAGCUAGUAAUUUAUUUAUCUGGUUAUUACAUGUAACUAUUAAUUUGAACUAUACUGGAAAGACAGUGUUGAUGUCAAGUAUUUGCAUUGGCUGGGAGGUAACAGUAUUAUCAAUAUAAGCUGCAUAUCUAAUAUUCAUUAACUGCCAUAUUGUAUAACCAAUUUACUUUUCCAAAUUCAGUAUCCUAUUUGUCCUACUCAAGUAAUCUUUAUUUUCCAGAUUUCUUGAUUCAUUUAAGAGAUCAGGCAAUUUAUUUUCUUUCUAAAGUAGCCACAGGUUUAUUCAAAUGUUUCAAUACCAGAUAGUAGAAAUGCCCAAUUUAUAUUCUAGUUUGGCUGUCUGCUGAGCUUCAUUCUCUAUUUGGAUUUCCAUGAUUCUGCCUUGUUAGAAUACAAUCAGGAAUUAUUAAAUGCAUUUUUCCAGUGUGUUAAUGUCACAAUAAAAGCCAUCAUUACUGUCUGUAGUUUUGUUAUUUAAGAUAUUGGUAAUUAGCUACUGUAUUUGUUUUUCUUUUUUGCUUUAGUUUCUUUGUUUAUUUUCAGUAAGCAGUGGAGAUUUCAUCUUGCAUUUGAGCUAUCGAAUGGUACUUGGUUCACCUUUACUGAGAUGUCCCCCCAUGUUUAUUUUUGAAUGGGGAAAAGGUACUCAGUUUUAAAAGCCCUGUUAUUGUUUCCUGUUGUAAUUUGAAAAUAAUCAUAUUUGGAUUACUUUCAGCCUUAAAGUUAGUGUGUAAUUAGAGUAAAAAAUGUGCGAAUACUGGAAGCAAUGUGGAAAUCAUCUGAAAUCUAAACAUUUGUAACAGUUUUUUUGUUUCUUUAUUUUUAGAAAAAGACACAG